CUGAAUAUCUACACUGUCAAGGCCAUUGUAAUUUUAGAUAAUGACGGCAAGAGGAUCAUAGCCAAGUAUUAUGAUGAAACAUUUUCAAGCACGAAAGAACAAGCGGCAUUUGAGACAAAGCUUUUCAGCAAAACCAAUAAAGUGAUUUUACUGGAUGGCCUUAUUUGUCUUUAUCGCUCCAAUGUCGACCUUUUCUUCUAUGUGAUCGGUGACGGAGGUGAAAAUGAGCUGAUGCUUCUCCACGUUCUUAACUGCCUUUACGACUCGACCAGCCAAAUUUUGCGGAAAAACGUCGAAAAAAAGGCGCUUUUGGACAAUUUGGACGUCGUCAUUCUAGCUAUUGAUGAAGUCUGUGACAGUGGGGUUAUUCUCGAAACCGACGCGUCCACUAUUUGUUCAAGGAUAGUCACAAAGUCGGAUGAUUUGACAUUCAGUGAGCAGUCUGUAGCGCAAGUAGGAAUGCAGGUUCGUUAA